AUGUCUACACUCAGCUGCGAAGCGUACGUGUGCGACCCUCGACCGAACUAUCCUCUUUUCAUCACAGCCAAACGAUACUGGAUCCCUGAUGAUACCUCGGAAGAUCCAGAGGCGCUAACUCUUGUCUUUGCCCAUGGAACCGGGUUUCACAAAGAACAGUGGGAACCCACCAUCGAAGAGCUGUACGACAGUGUCCGCCGCGAAGGAAAGCCUCGAAUGAUACGAGAAGCUUGGAGCAUCGACGCUCCAAACGGCGGAGACGCGGCAGUACUGAACGAGGAGACUUUACUGCAGGACUAUUCUGUGUUUGAUUGGCAGGAGUAUGCCCGCGCUGUGCACAUAUUCCUUACAGGCCUAGGAACAGGCGUCGACGUCGACUUCAGUGACCGUAAGCUUGUUGGCAUCGGGCAUUCCAUGGGAGCAAUUGCAAUGAUUCUUGCAGGAACGUACGUUCCCAAGCUCAAAUUUACCUCUGUCAUCCUGGUAGAUCCCGUGCUGUAUCCGCACCCGCCUCUUAGAGGUGUUAGAGACAUUUCUGGGCCGCUGCUGGCAGCAACUAAUGCUCGACGUGAUAUAUGGCCUUCGCGUGCGGAGGCCCUUGCAGCUUGUCAAGCACGUUCUUCGUUCAAGGCCUGGGAUGCUAGAGUGCUGCAAAUUUUUAUUGAACAUGGUUUGCGGGACCUUCCCACCACUUACUAUCCUGACAAGAGCGGGGUAACCUUGAAGUAUAGCAAAGCGCAAGAAGUUGCAAGCUACAAGGAUGAGCAAGGAAAGCGAAGGGCCUACAACUACCUGCCAACUCUCUGCGCGAAGAUCCCGGUGCACUUCAUAUACGGCGCCGUUGACGAUUUCUUGCCACGCAUCGUGCAAGACUAUACUCUCAAUAUCGGUACGAAGGGAAGGUACGCGUCUGCUAGACGCGUUGAGGGAUCAGGACAUAUGGUUCCACAGAUGCAGCCGAAGGGGUUGGCGGACGCAAUCCGGGAAGUAUUGACUGAAGAACCUGCACCACACGCAGCGACCAGAGCGUCGAGCAGACUUUGA